AUGCAAAGCUUCAACAGAACCACCGUGGUUACACAGUUCAUCCUGGUGGGUUUCUCCAGCCUCGGGGAACUGCAGUUACUGCUGUUUGUCAUCUUUCUUCUCCUGUACUUAACCAUCCUCAUGGCCAACGUGACCAUCAUGACAGUUAUCCGUUUCAGCCACACCCUGCACACUCCUAUGUAUGCUUUCUUGUUCAUCCUUUCAUUUUCUGAAUCUUGCUACACUUUUGUCAUCAUCCCUCAGCUUCUGGCCCACCUGCUCUCAGCUACUAAGACAAUCUCCUUUGUGGCCUGUGCCACCCAGCUCUUCUUCUUCCUGGGCUUUGCCUGCACCAACUGCUUUCUCAUCGCAGUGAUGGGCUAUGACCGCUAUGCAGCCAUCUGUCACCCCUUGAGGUACACGCUCAUUAUGAACAAAAGGCUGGGGCUGGGGUUGGUUUCUCUGUCAGGACUCACCAGUUUCCUCAUUGCUUUGGUGGCUACGAACCUUAUCUGUGACAUGCCUUUCUGUGGCCCCAACAAGGUCAACCACUAUUUCUGUGACAUGGCACCUGUUAUCAAAUUAGCCUGCACUGACACCCAUGUCAAAGAGCUGGCACUAUUCAGCCUCAGCAUCCUGGUGAUCAUGGUGCCUUUCCUGUUGAUCCUCAUAUCCUAUGGCUUCAUAGUCAACACCAUUCUGAAGAUCCCCUCAGCCGAGGGCAAGAGGAAGGCCUUUGCCACCUGUGCUUCUCACCUCACAGUGGUCUUUGUCCACUACGGUUGCGCAUCUGUCAUCUACCUCCGACCCAAGUCCAAGUCUGCUUCAGACAAGGAUCAGUUGGUGGCGGUGACCUACACAGUGCUCACUCCCCUACUCAAUCCUCUUGUCUAUAGUCUGAGGAACCAGGAGGUAAAGACUGCACUGAAAAGAGUGAUAGGAAGGCCCAUCGCUACCAAGAUGAGUUAA